AUGGCGCCGUCGCUCGAAGAGCCGGUCGCCGAUGCUCUGGAAAACCAUCUGCGAACAAAGCCAGAUCUUGUCGCACCGGAACCCGAACACUGUCCAGGGCCCGAGUCAGAACAGGCGGGACAGGGUGAUGCCUGCAACGGCUGUCCAAACCAAGCGAUUUGCGCAUCGGCGCCCAAAGGACCUGAUCCUGACAUACCUAUCAUAACAGAACGUCUCGCAGGCGUAAGGCACAAGAUACUAGUCUUGUCCGGCAAAGGCGGUGUCGGAAAGUCAACAUUCUCAUCACUACUCUCACAUGCAUUCGCCGCCAACCCGGAGUCUACAGUUGGACUGAUGGACACAGAUAUAUGCGGACCCUCAAUACCUAAGAUGAUGGGAGUGGAGAGUGAAACAAUACAUGUUAGCAAUGCUGGCUGGAGUCCUGUCUGGGUUAGCGACAAUCUAGGCGUCAUGAGCGUGCAAUUCAUGCUACCGAACAGAGACGACGCUGUCAUCUGGCGAGGGCCUAAGAAGAACGGACUAAUAAAACAGUUCCUCAAGGAUGUUGAGUGGGGUGAACUCGACUAUCUUAUCGUUGACACCCCUCCUGGCACAUCAGACGAGCACUUGUCUGUCAACUCGUUCCUCAAAGAGUCAGGAGUGGAUGGGGCAGUGGUGGUCACGACCCCGCAAGAAGUUGCCUUGCUGGACGUCCGCAAAGAAAUCGAUUUCUGCCACAAGGCGGGCAUUCGAGUCCUUGGACUGGUUGAAAACAUGUCUGGUUUCGUCUGCCCAAAAUGCACUCACCAAUCUCAGAUUUUCAAAGCUACGACUGGCGGCGGUGCUCAGUUGUGCAAAGACAUGGGCAUACCGUUCUUAGGUGCCGUUCCUCUCGAUCCGCGCAUUGGCAUGGCAUGUGACUUCGGGGAGAGCUUCAUGGACAGCUUCCCAGAGUCGCCUGCAACACAAGCGCUUCGAGAUGUGGUCAGAAAAGUGGGCGAACUGGUUGGAGAAGAUCCCAACGAGGUGCUCCCAGAUGGCCCGAUUUAG